AUGUCGGCCAGAUCUGCCGCUUCGGCGAGCGGUCCUACGGUUCUACGCUCCCCUACUACGGGCGUAACUAUCCAAGCAGCGGGCAAACGCGCUGGCGUCCGCAACCGCCCCACCCUAAGAACACCGCCUACAAAGGCGCCGUCCACUGAAGCAUCCCGCGCAAAGAUUCGCAACCAGAUAAUAAAUACAGUACAAGAUUAUAAUACUAAUAACCCUGACGAUAAUUGCUCGAGCGCGCCUCAAAGCACCCCCACAGAACCAACAGAACUCGAAGGGACGGCCGGCCCUACAUCACCCAACACGGCGCCGCCUCCAGGUGCCGAAUCAGCCAACCCGGCGUCUCAAGCGAGUACUGCACCUACACCACCCGCGAGCGCUCCCCAGGCGGCAAACCAAGCUGUGCCCUUGAAGUCCACAGGGCUGCUGAGCUCCGAUAGAGCGAAGCAGCACUGGGACAUUCUCAAGGAACACAAGCUGCUCCCGAGGUCGGAACCGGAGAUGACGCUGGAGGCAGUGGCGGGUGCACUCAGAGUUCUCGGGACGGGGCAGAUUAUGAAGAAGGAGAUGAUGGUGGCCGCGACGGCAGCGGGGGAGCUCAUUACCCUCAUUCUGGCGGACCAGAAGCUAGACCUCAUAGCUUAUACGGACAAGAUCGGACGGCACAUUGACGAAAAGCUCGACGAAGGCCUCACACGGUUGGCAAACAGCUUGGUCGAAAAUCUACCCUCGUGCACGCACACCCACUCAGCUGCGCCAACGCCGCACCCGGACGAACCAAUGGACGCCCAGGCCUUCUUCGACGCCGUCGUCGCAGGCCUACCCACCCCACCCGGCUCUGACCGUGACUUCCAAGCCCGCAAGGCGGAAGCUAUCUUAACUCGCCAAGUACUCUUCACCCACCGUGACGGCGACCCGCCCGAGGGCAAAUCCAUCAUUCCGCCCAACCUAGCGAAUGCCGCGAUCGCCGACCACUUCCGCGCCGCAAUCGCGAAGGGUGAACUAGAGAAGGACUUGGGUUACAGUCUAGCCAUACACUCCGUCAGGAGGGUUGGAAUGGACGUACUCGUGGAGUUUGCAUCGGAGGAAGCGGCGAGAUACGUGUUGACGUCGGAAGGGAGCGACGCGCUUGGAGACGCCCUGGAAUACCAUGUAGUUGCCAUCGGGCGGGAGUACAAGGUGGUGGCAAGGAUGGUACCGAUCAGCUUCGCGCCGGACAACCCGGACGACCUACGCGAACUCGAAGUCAUGAACAACCUCCCGGCAGGCAGCGUCCGGCGCGCUCAAUACAUCAAGCCGGUCCAGUUCCGCGCCCCAAACCAACGCUUCGCGAACGUCAUGCUCUCUCUUACUGAGCCGGAAAUCGCCAACAAAUGCAUACUUGACGGUGUGCACGUCUGCGGGAAGUGGUCCAAAGCAUGGCGGCAGAAGUAUGAGCCCAUACGAUGCGCGAAAUGCCAGAAGUACAACCAUGUAGCGAAAGUCUGCAAGCAGAGAUGGGAUACGUGUGGGGUAUGCGGAAAGGAGCACAGGACGGGGACGUGUGAGAGGAGAGGGGGGCGGUUCUGUGUGUCGUGCAACACGGAUAAGCACUGCAGUAGGGACCGGGAUUGUCCGUCAUUCCUGCGACGCUGCGUCGAGUACGACGAACGGCACCCUGAGAACUGCCGGGUCUACUUCCCCACGAACGAGGCCUGGACGCUCAAGGGCAUGGUGGCGCCGGGCGCACCCUUCGAGACGUACCAAGCUCACCUGAUGGAGCGGCCAGCGAACGGGACCGGAACACGCCCGCUGCCGCGCCUCUCAGCAGACGGUAGUGCCAGCACGGAGUGCAGGGAGUCAAAGGAGGAGGCGAGAAUUGGCCAACGAGGAGUUGGAGCGAGCGUUGGAGAAGGACAAGCCGAUGGAAGCUGCAAGCGGUCAGACUGGAGAAGAGCGGAAUGA